AUGGAACAGGUAUGGUUGCUGCUCCUGCUGACGAUUAAAGUGCUCCCAGUGACUGCUCAGUUCAAUGGCUACAACUGUGAUGCUAACCUCCAUAGCAGGUUUCCUGCUGAGCGAGAUAUCAAUGUUUUCUGUGGGGUACAAACGAUUACUAUGAAGAUAAAUUUUUGCACAGUUCUUUUUUCUGGUUAUUCUGAGACAGAUCUGGCACUGAAUGGGAAACAUGGGGAUGCCCACUGCAGGGGCUUCAUCAAUAACAACACCUUUCCAGCAGUGGUCAUUUUCAUCAUCAAUCUGAGUACUUUGGAAUCUUGUGGAAACACUUUAGUGGUAUCCUCAGCUCGAGGUAUCAAUGCUUAUGGAAAUACCUCAGUGGUACAGAUAGGUAAUGUUUCAGGCUAUAUUGACACACCAGACCCACCGACGAUUAUCAGCUAUUUGCCUGGGCUUCUGUACAAAUUUAGCUGUAGCUACCCGCUGGAGUACUUGGUUAACAAUACCCAGCUCGCUUCGUCAUCAGCUGCUAUUUCUGUGAGGGAGAACAAUGGUACAUUUAUCAGCACUUUGAAUUUGUUGCUUUACAAUGAUUCAACCUACAGCCAGCAACUCCUUAUUCCAAGCACAGGUUUACCUUUGAAAACCAAAAUAUAUGCAGCUGUAAGAGCAACCAACCUUGAUGGCAGGUGGAAUGUUUUGAUGGACUACUGUUACACCACACCAUCUGGCAAUCCUAGUGAUGAUCUUCGGUAUGAUCUUUUCUUCAGCUGUGACAAGGACCCGCAGACAACCAUAAUUGAGAAUGGCAAGAGUCAAAUGGGCCGGUUUUCCUUUGAGGUGUUUCGCUUUGUGAAGCACAAGAACCAGAAGAUGUCCACGGUCUUCCUCCACUGUGUGACGAAGCUGUGCAGAGCAGAUGACUGUCCCUUUCUUGUGCCAAUCUGCAGCAACAGAGAAAGAAGAGACACUGGUGGAAGGACGACUUGGCGCCCUCAGAGCACAUCGGGCAAUGCUGUAAUCUCUGCUGGCCCCAUCAUUACAAGGAGUGAUGAGACGCCAACCAACAAUUCACAGCUUGCUCAUCCAAACGGACCUCCUUUCCAGAUGAACACGGUCACCAGUGCGCUGAUUUCAGGCAUUGUCGUCCUGGGAAUUUCAAGCAUUUUCUUUUUUGUAUGUUCUCUAACCCUUCUGCACAGAAACUGGCCCAACAGUUCGGUCCUGAGUGGCAUCCGAAACCCAGUUUUCAACUGA